UCAUCUCCAGCUAUGGAGGUACACAAUAACAAUGCUGCUGAUGGACAUCAUCCCAUUCAAGUAUUGCUUGAUUCUGAAGACAGAACUAUGGUUUCCUUUAUUGAAGUUCAUAAUGAAAGACUUAAGGAUAUGAUUUCUGGAGGCUCAGAAGACCUUGAUUCCUGGAACUCACUGAUAUCAGAGAUUGAGAAAACCUACCCUGAUGAUAGCAAUACAAUUUGUUUGGCUUUUGACUCCUUUUUGUCUAAGUUUCCACUAUGUCACUGGCAUUGGAAAAGAUAUGCUUAUCACGAGGCACGGCUAUGUAAUGCUGAAAAGGCUGUUGAAAUCUUUGAGAGAGCUGUGGAAUCAACACCAUUUUCUGUUGGACUGUGGGUUGAUUAUUGUACCUUUGCUGUGAGUUCGUUCGAGGAUCCAUUUGAUAUUCGUAGGUUGUUUACCAAAGGAAUCUCCCUUGUUGGGAAGGACUACUUCUGUCAUGUCUUAUGGGACAAGUACAUGUCCUUUGAGUUCUCUCAAGAGAAGUGGGGCUUCCUCACUCUAGUUUAUGUACAGGCUCUACGCUUCCCCACAAAGAAGUUGCAUAAGUACUAUGAGAACUUUAAGAAGCUUGUAACCAAUUUAGAAGAAGAGAUUCUACAUCUCACUGAUGACAGCCGUGAAGUACAACUAAAGGAGCUGUCUGAUGCAACAGUUGUGUUAUCAAAUAAAGAAAUUGCUCAAGUUGUUAAGGACCUCCAGGAUCCCAGUGACGGUUCAGUCAGAUUGAAAGCACUGUAUAGGUACAGAUACUGUGGAGAUCAGCUAUACCAGAAAGCGUGUCAACUAGAGGAAAAAAUUAAAAGUUUUGAAUCAAACAUCCAGAGGCGAUAUUUCCAGGCAACUCCUCUUGACAACGAUGAGCUGAAGAACUGGCAUCAUUAUCUCGACUUCGUUGAAAAGCAAGACGAUUUUGAUUGGGCCCUAAAACUGUAUGAGAGAUGCUUGAUAUCCUGUGCCAACUAUCCUGAGUUCUGGAUACGUUAUGUUGAUUUUAUGGAGACUAGGGGAGGACGAGAGCUAGCGAUGUUUGCUUUAGAACGAGCAACAAAAGUUUUCUCAAAGAAUGUUCCAGAAAUCCAUCUUUUUACUGCUAGAUAUAUGGAGCAAAUUGGAGAUCCAGAUGGUGCUCGCGCUUCUUUUCCUCCUAUUAAUGCAGAUUGGGACUCCUGUUUCAUUCAAUAUGUUACUAAUCGAGCAAAUAUGGAAAAACGUCUGGGAAAUUGCUCAGCUGCUUGUGAUAUUUACAAAAGAGCAAUUAAUAUGGCAGUGAAGGAGCAGAAAUUGCAAUGGAUUCCUAUGCUAUACAUUGGUUAUUAUCGUCUUAGACACAUGAUCACUGCCAGUGUGGAGGCUGCAAGAGAUGUAAUAAUUGAUGGAAUAAAUCGUUUCCCUGGUUGCGGACUUCUUUAUGAGGAGUUGAUAAGAUUUGCAAUGGCGCAUGAAGGAACUAAACAAUUGAGCAUUGUAGACUCUGUCAUAGCUAAUGCAAUCUCUCCUGUGUCAGACGUAUCCCAAGAUUUGGAUAUAAAAGAUCGAGAGAGUAUAUCCUUACUAUUUUUGGAGUUAGUUGAUCUUUGUGGUUCUAUCUCUGAGAUAAGAAAGGCAUGGAGUCGUCACAUUAAAUUGUUUCCUCAGUUCAUAAGAACCAAUACCUCAUCUAAACACAUAGGUACUGAGAAGAGUUCACUGAACAACUUUAUCGAGCAAAGGAGAAACAUUUCUUAUGUCUUAGUUAAUCAGCCAUCAAAAGGAACAAGCUCUGGCCAUACGAUCCAGCUGUCCGAAGGAGAGCAGGUGCAUUUACUGACGCUUAAAGAUGGGAAGCAACCAGAUCAGCCUUCUGCAGACCGGUCUUUAGCUGUGGUCAAUGACAAAGAUAUGACUGGUCAACAAAAACAACUAUCUCCCGAAAUGGAAGAUCUGUCCAGUGGAAAUGGCUCUGGGAAAAAUGAGUUGUCUUUUGACCCUGUGGUUCAAUCAAAGGAUGAUUCAUCGACGCCAAUGGAAUUAAGUCAUGGUCCAUCACAGCAGAGGAGAGAAAAUUUGCCUGGACCAAUGGACUUCUCUUAUGAUUCCAUACCCCAACCUGGAGAAGAUGUAUCCAAAUCUCCUGGGCCUGUUCUGGACUUAAAAGAACCAUCGAGGCCCCUCUCUGUUUUAGAAGCCUCACAAGCAGAUAUUAUCAAUCGAGAUCAGGAUGUUGAACUUAAACAGCCACCGAUGCCGGUUUCUUUGGAGAAUCUUUCCUUGGUUUCUGGGGAAAGGGAGUCCCAGGACUUCGUCGCCAUGCAUUCUGAUGAUCUUGAAAGUGGUCAAGAAAUUCCCUCAUCAAGCACAGGCAGACCACAAGAUCCUGUAAAUGAUGGAAAUGGACCGGUUGGUUGUUCAUCUCCAUCAAUAUGUCUGUUUUCCGAGUCAUCACAAACACAUCCAGGUCCUGUUACUGCUGAAAGUUCACUGCUAAAUGAUACAGUCGCAGUUCCUGAGAGUGGUAAUUCAAAGGUGCCCAAUCAACCUGCAGUAUAUGAUCAGCAACAGCAGCCACAACGAGCUGCUUCACAAGAACCAUGCCUGCGUGAUUCUCAGGGUGAUUCAGAGAUCCAACAGGUCCUAGAUAAGGCUACUGUGCAGUGCCAAACAGGUACUUCUCAGGGGAAUAUCUCGAGCAACCAAUGCUGGACAUUGAAUAAUAUGCCACAGCAGAUUUCCAUGACUGGAAACCAUCCCCUGGCGUCUUCCUCACCUGUUUCUUAUUCUCAACCAAGUACAGCUCUACAUUCUGUGCACGAUAGCCAGCAAAGUGGACCAGAUCCCCAUCACGAAGCAUUGAAUCAAAAAUCACAACACAUCUCCCUAUCAGAAAACCACCCUCAAAUGUCUUCCUCACCUGCUUCUUUUUCUCAACCAAGUACACCUCAACGUUUUAGGCAGAGUAGCCAGCAAAUUGGGCCCUUACACAACCAAGAAGCACUGAAUCAAACAUCACAACACCAUUACCAGCAGCAGCAUCUUUUGCAGGGGCAGUAUCAGCAGCAUCAGCUGCAAAUGCAACAGCCCUACACUAGUAUACAACAGCAACAGAUGCAUCCACAUCCAAGUCAACAGCAUUAUCAGCAGCAGCAGCUUAUUCAGCAACAACAACAGCAACAGAAUCAGCAGCAAACACCUCUACUGCAACAGCAACAGCAACAGCAACAGCAACAGCAACAGUAUUUCCAGCAAAUUCAGUCUUUACAAUAUCCACAGCAGCAAUAUCUUCUGCACCAGCUACAAUAUUUACCACAGGCACAGCAACUCUGGCAACAGCAGUUUCAACUGCAAGCGCAACAGAUGCAACCACAGGAAGGCCAGCAAACGCAGCAGCACUAUCUGCAAACACAGGAGCAGCAGCUAGAGCAAUACCGUCAAUCACAAGAACUUGCAUACCAGAUGCAACAACAUGGUUAUCAACUACUCUUGCACCAGUACCAAGUGCAUCAACAACAACAACAACAAUGGCAACAACAGGGACAUCUCCAAUUACAGCAGUACUCUCACCUACAACAGCAGCAAUAUCAUCAUCUGGAGCAGCAAACGGAUGAGGAAUACAAUCAAACCCAUCAGGGUCAACAGGUUGUGGAGCCACAUUCUUCAGGAACUCCUGCUCCUGAAACAGAAUCACCAGAAUCUGCAAGGCAACCACAUUCAGCAGAAAAAUCUGGAUAUUCUGUAUCCCCUUAUAGGCGGGCCCCUGCUCAUGGAAUCUCACCUUCACAUAGUACGGGCACAUUGGCAUCAGAGGUUUCUUCAUUUUCGAGGACAAAUUCUUCCCGAGAUCAGUAAGAUUGGAGUAUGUUCAUGCCCUAGAGACGCAAAUGAAAGUCACAGAGAAACAAAAGGUGCUAAGAUCAAAAGCCGAAGAGGUUGUCUAUCAUGUAUUUAUAGGUUUUGUUCUAGGACAUUCAAAUGUAUCUCUGCUCAAUGGUCUAAACUGUCCUCUCUCUGUGCCUAUCAUAUAAUCAAAGUUUGUUUGAGUCAAGAU